GGUUACCCAAAAAGAAAAAUGCGCGUGCCGUGAGCGCAUGCGUUUCAUAUAGAAACAGCGCAGAUUUGUCACACACCAAAAACGUCUUUUUUACUUUUCACUCACUCGCUUUGUUAUACUACUAAUUUUCAUAUGCUUCGCCGUUCUAUUGUCCGUACUUACACUUCCUUCAACCGGCCCGGCCCAAUGCCGCUGGGCAACAAAAAGCAGCAAGAGGAGAUGCUCGACCUGAUCCGAAAAAAGCAGGAAACCGAUAUGCAAUCGGAAGGCGCCCUUCAUGACGAUGCCGUCCCACAGGUUGCUCCUGAAUUCGAAGGCCAUGUCAAUCCCAAAACUGGAGAAGUCAAUGGACCCAAGCAGGAGCCUCUGCGACACGGUGACUGGAGCUUUGGCAGCCGAGUGACUGACUUCUAGAGCUAAUAAGCAACUGCGAACUUUGUCUUGUACAUACUAUACUUCUCUCCCUCCCCCCUCCUUUCUCUCUUUUUCUAUUUAGAAACAAAUUGUAGACACCCGACUUGGAGAAAAAAAACAUUUGUGAUACUUCUUUUGCAAUAAAAGCAUAUUACUGCUCGUGUUUACUAGUCUUCAUAUGCACAUACCGCAAAUUAUCAUAGUACAGGCAUGAUCAACUUAUGUUGAUCCGUAAUUUCGGCAAGUGAAGUGCAGGGGCCGCCUGUUUUUACCUUUUGCACAUGCCAUUUUGUAAAUAGAUC